CUUACGUGUGCGACGACGAGUUUUCGUGUUAAAAAUAAACGAAAUGUGAAAACAAGGACGACAUACGGCGGCGUGAAAAUAAAUGUAUGCUCUGCUGGCUGAAGCAUAGGGAAGCAGACUCAGAAAUCGUGUCUCGCCAGUCUAUAAGGUCUCGCGAAAGCUAAGCACACAACACAAUCCUGAGCUGCAAGCGAUAACACCAAACAACAAACAGGAGCUCAAAUAUGAUGUGCUAAAUUGUAACGAUUUUCGGUACACACGGUUACAAUUACCAAUUCGGAAAAACGAUUGCAUUUAACUAGUGGCUGCGGCUUUGACCUGCCGGUUGGCCGUUUCUGGUAGAAUUUACUCUUUUUCCUGCGUAGGACUUCACAGAUAAUGACUGCAGCAGUCAUGGCGGCAGACGGAAGCUUCGACCCAGUAAUAUCCAAACUAAUUACAUCGCUGAAGGAGGCGGAUAGCUUAUCGGAAGAGCAGGAUCUCGGCUUUCUGCAGAAUUUGCUCCAAUCGAAGGAGCUAAACGCGCUGGUCAAUGUGCACAGCAAAGUUGCCAAAAUCAACAAGGAUGACCGGAUAGCACCGCUUCUGUCGGCGUCUAUGCAGGUUCUCGUAGAAGUGUUAGAACUUUUAGCGCCCCGAUGCCACAUCUCCCCCCUGUGUAGGGAAAUCUUUCACCUGUUGCAGACGCCACAUUUGCAGAGCCUCCUGCUAGCACACGAUGCCAUUGCGCAAAAAGACUUCUAUCCACACCUGCCGGAAAUACCCGUUGAAGUCGACGAGGACGAGGAAACCAUCAAAAUCGUACAACUAGUGAAAAGUAACGAGCCACUGGGUGCCACAAUAAAAACCGAUGAGGAAACGGGUAAAAUUAUCAUCGCACGAAUUAUGCACGGUGGUGCGGCGGAUCGAUCCGGGCUAAUCCACGUGGGCGACGAGGUGAUCGAGGUUAACAACAUCAAUGUGGAAGGCAAAACACCCGGUGACGUGCUGUCGAUUUUGCAAAAUUCGGAAGGUACCAUCACGUUCAAACUGGUACCAUCGGAUGGAAAACUGGAUCAGCGGGAGAGCAAGGUGCGCGUUAGAACGCACUUCAGCUAUGAUCCGGAGCAAGAUCCGUACAUACCGUGCAAGGAAGCAGGAUUGGGAUUCGCCAGAGGCGAUAUUUUACACAUCGUAGCACAGGAUGACUCCUACUGGUGGCAAGCACGAAAGGAAGGCGAAAAGACUACUCGAGCAGGACUGAUCCCCAGCCGUGCUUUACAGGAACGGCGAGUUCUACACGAACGCGCUCAGAAAGCGGCCAAUAAUAAUAACGACGAAACUAAAGCGGAAAACGACGAUUUCGAUCGGGAGCUGAUUGCCACCUACGAAGAGGUGGCCAAGCUGUACCCCAGGCCCAACGUCUAUCGGCCAAUCGUACUGAUCGGAGCACCCGGAAUCGGCCGCAAUGAAUUGAAGCGACGACUUGUGGCCCGGGAUCCGGAAAAGUACAAGAGUCCAGUGCCAUAUACAACUCGUCCGAUGCGCCCCGGUGAGGUUGCUGGUCGGGAGUACCUCUUCGUGUCGCGCGAGAAAAUGGAAAGCGAUGUGGUCAACGGUAAGUUCAUCGAGCACGGUGAGUACAAGGGUCACCUGUACGGAACGUCCGCCGAAAGUGUGAAAACCAUCGUCAAUGCCGGUUGCGUCUGUGUGCUCGCUCCCCACUACCAGGCGUUGAAGUCGCUAAGAACUGCCCAGCUGAAGCCGUAUAUUGUGCACAUUCGCCCGCCGACGCUGGAAAAGCUGAAGAAAACCCGCACCCAGGCUCGUGCUCGGUCAACGUUCGACGAGAGCAACUCGAGGGGUUUUACGGACGAAGAAUUCGACGACAUGAUCAAGUCAGCCGAACGGAUCAAUCUGCUGUACGGACACUUUUGCGACGAUGAAAUCGUUAAUGGUGAACUAACCGAAGCGUUCGAGCGGUUGGUAUCGCUGGCCAAUAAGGUCGAAUCGGAACCACUUUGGGCACCGGUCAGUUGGGUGCAAUGAAGGCACAUUUGCUCUGCUGCUGCCACCGAGCCGCCGGAGUUUGUUGAGCCUAAGUGAGCCUAGCGGAGAAAGGUGUUCGAACUUCGAAUAUUAGUCAAACGUCAGUCAAAGCUGUUUUCGUUCGCUUGUGUUACUCGCUUGUUACCGUCACCACACGACUAGAAAUAGGCGGCGGAAAAACGAAGUGCAUCGUCAAAUUCAAAUAUUCAUGUUUGUAAAUAGCCAUGUUCGAUUGGUUUAGGUCCCGGUGUGUUUGUCUGUGUACAGUGCGGUGUGCUUGCCCGGAUUCUACAACACACGCUGGUAGGUUUUGUUUAAUCGUUGUACCAGGUAAUGCCGGAGUAGGACUGUGGACAACGGAUAAAACUAGUUAGGUUGGAUUGUUAGCAAUUUUGUGUUAAGCAUUUUAUUUGAUUGUUUUUUAUUUUGCGAAAAAAAUAUAUUUUUUUCAUGUCGGAAUACAGUUGUUUCCGACACCCCCAAGAGAAUCAAACGUCCAUAUAGAAUAUGUUUUCUGAUGAGUUGUGACUGUUAUUAGCAUAUUUUAGAGAAACUAAAGCGGUUACGCUAACAUUUCGUUUGUUCUUCACUCCUGUUAUAAAUCAGAAGGCGAUUAGGAAUUUUAUCUAUGAUUUGAAUAAUAUUGCAACUAAAAUAAACAAAAAAAAGCGUGCCUAGUUUAAAUUUGAUAAUACAUACUUUAAACAAAUGACGUAUUGAAGAAUUACAGAAAUAAUUUAUCAGCAGAUGUUCGGAUUUUUGUAGACAAUAUCUAAGUUUAGGUACCGAUAGCGAAUGUAAUCAGGGCUGCUCUGCACUCAGUGCACCUAUUUUGUCCUCAACACCUCAACCGACCAAAUUUGAAAAUGUUAUGUAUGGGGUAUUUGUAGAGUCUAUUAUUAUCUAUAAGGUUGCUGAA